GGGGCUCGGGAGCUCCUCGCUCGACGCGCGGCGCACGUUCUGCCACCCUAGCCGUACCUCCACGGGGACGCUCCUCGAGAAGCGGCCCAUCUCCGGCCGCGACUAUUGCGGGUCCGGUCUUCAGGGGGGUGGGUUGAAGCGCAAGCUCUUGCUGCUACCUGAGUUGCGAGAAGCGCUCGCGCGCCUGUCCCAACAUCGGCCCACGGACGAGAGGCUUGGGAGGAGGCUGUCAAAGGUGGAGUAUGAAGCGCUCUUGAACGGGCUGGCUCACGAGGACCCCCAGAUCGUGAAGCGUUUCGGGCCGGAUGAGGCGGGGGGGGCGCUUCCAGAGGACGGCAGACGGUGCAUGCUCGCCGAGCAGCGCACGAUGGUACGAGACCGAAACCUGGCCGUCUUCGAGUUGCUGACGGGGAUCCAGGCCGACUUUGAGAGGCGAGGGUUGAGCCCAGACCUGUGGCAGCACUGGGUGGGCGAGUGGACGGAGCUUCUGUACUCUCUAGGCGCGCACGAUUCCGACGAAGACCUGAUUGGGGCUGGCGCAUUGCACGCGGUGCGGAGGCUGCUUCUAGGUAGCGAAGCAACCCUCGAGGACCGGCGGGACUUGGCAAGGGAAGCGCCCAUCUUGCGGCGCAUCCUGGAUUCGUACGGAGGGCUCACAUUUCCGGCCUUCUUCACGCGCGUCCUUUACCACCUCUACCUGCUCGUACUCUUGGCUCAGGGGGGGACGGGAUUCGAGGGCGAAGGGCGGCGGGGCUGGGUGCACGAGGCAAUCGAUUCAUUCGAGCGAGCGGUCGGCCUUCUUACGAAGGCUCGAGCGCGUCCCCUGAGCAUCGAUGAAAGACGACACUUGGACGAGGCGCGAGGGCUGGCGAACGAGCUGCUCCCGGGGGUCGAGAUGUUGGAGCCAAGCCCCCGGCAGUGGGAGGGAAUGAGCGGUCAUGAGCGCUCGCUUCUGAAAGAGAGGCUGGGGCGCGACGAGGAGGGAGACGAGUUGCACCCGUUGCCGGCGGGGCACGCUUUUCGAGCCGAGCAGGACGUCUUGGCGUGCUACCCGUUCCCUGGUUGGGAGCAGAAGCGGGGGUUGCCGUGGUACAGCAGCUUCGAGCAUCCGGACGGCCGCAGUAAGAGCUCGGAGGAGCACAAAUGCGCAACAGGAAAGUCGAUAACCGAGUGGGAUGCUGAGAACGUUCUCGGGCUGGUGAAGGGGGCCGGACAGCUCUCGGGGAAGAAGGGAAGCAAGAGCAAGCGGCCGAAGAGGACUAGGGGGGGUUACGUUUUUGCGUGCCCGCAUCGGGUCAUCUACGGAUUCCACGUGAUGCUGCGCGGAGAGAGCCCGAGGGACGCCUUUGUCGUGCUCUACACUCGACUAAGGCGGGAGGAUCUGCCAGAGGUUUUGGUGCACGACAAUAGUUGCGCCUUGCGCAACUAUUGCUUCCGCAGAGAACCGGCGCAUUUUGCCAAGGUUCGGUUUGUCGUCGACAGAUUUCACUUUUCAAAAGCUGGGACCGAGGUUCACAAAUGCGGGCCAAGCAACUCGCUUGACAUCUACGACGCUCUCCAUUGGGUCAACACAUCGGCGGUGGAGAGUGUCAACUCCUUUCUGAAGGGGUUCCGGUCCCUUGGGUGGUACUCGGGGCUCGAGAGCUUCAUGGUGAUAUUGCCCCUGCUCCUUGGCGGCUUCAACAUGACGUUGCGACGGGUGGACGACGCGAAGCUAGGCAUCGCCAUUGCCGUUGCGAUGUGGACGGCUAGAAUCCCAAAAAGGCUAUUGCUAGGCUAG